GGAUGGAGAACAGUCUCCGCAAAAUAAAACAGACCAACGAGGCACUUCAAAUCCUUUCAUCUGCACACAGGCAGCAGACGUCAGUGUUUUGAAGACUUACUCUUUGUAUUACCACGAUGUUUGGUUACUGAACAGAAUUUGGUUAUGCAGAACUGUAUUUUGUUUGGUAUCUUGCACUUUUUUUUUUUUACAACUUUGUGAAAGAGCACGUUUGAUGAGAAUCCUUGGAUGUCACACUUUUUUACCAUAUCAACAUGUGGCAUGGGUUUUUUGGGCUGGAUCCCAUACGAACGUCCUGGAAGAAGAUUUGGAGAGGUGAUAGAGAUGAUUCACACUAACUGCAUCAAGAAUUUCCUUGUGUUAAAAUGAAUGAUAAACCCAAUAAAUGGAUUUUCAUCCCGAUUUUAGCCAUUCUUUUUGUUAUGAUUGGGUACCAGUAUAUUUGUCCGGCAGGCGGUCAGGUUUGCCAUUUCAGGACAGGAGACAAACUCGUUAGGAUCGGUCCCCCACCCAUUCCAGACCCGACCACCGAUGACAUGUACCUGGAGCAGGACCCGGAGGAAGACAGCCCACCUAAAUGUGCGUCCAAAUUCAAUUUCACAGAGCGCGAUCUGACACGCGAUGUCGAUUUCAACAUCAAGGGAGAUGACGUGAUUGUGUUUCUGCAUAUUCAGAAGACAGGCGGGACCACAUUUGGCAGGCACUUGGUCAGGAAUAUUCGCUUGGAGCAGCCGUGCGACUGCAAAGCGGGACAGAAGAAAUGCACGUGCCACCGGCCGGGAAAGCAGGAGUCCUGGCUCUUCUCGAGGUUCUCCACGGGUUGGAGUUGCGGUUUGCACGCAGACUGGACUGAACUGACCAACUGCGUGCCUGUGAUUAUGGACAAAAUGAAGUCUCCAAAGCUCAAGAGGAACUUCUACUAUAUCACCAUGCUGCGAGAUCCUGUGUCACGUUACCUGAGUGAAUGGAAGCACGUGCAGCGUGGUGCCACCUGGAAGACUUCCCUUCACAUGUGUGACGGCCGCUCGCCCACACAGGAUGAGCUGCCCACCUGUUAUAACGGAGAUGACUGGUCAGGGGUCUCCCUGCACGAGUUCACGGACUGCCCUUCAAACCUGGCCAACAACCGGCAGGUACGCAUGCUGGCCGAUCUCAGCCUGGUGGGCUGCUACAACCUCUCCACCAUGAACGAGAGCGAACGCAACCCCAUUCUCCUGGCCAGUGCCAUGAGUAACUUGAAGAACAUGGCCUUCUACGGCCUGACAGAGUUCCAGCGCAAGACACAGUACCUGUUCGAGCGCACUUUCCGUCUGCAGUUCAUUUCCGCCUUCAUGCAGAUCAACAGCACGCGUGCCGCAAAUGUGGAGCUGCGUGACGACAUGCGCAGACGCAUUGAGCAACUGAAUUUCCUGGAUAUGCAGUUGUAUGAUUUUGCCAAGGACCUUUUCCUGCAGAGAUACCAGUUUAUUCGUCAGCGUGAGCGGCAGGAGGAGAGAUUGAAGAGGCGUGAAGUGAGACGCUGGCUCAGGGAGCACCGAGUCAACCAGAGCAGACAGUCCAGUGUGGGAAACCAGCCUCAGGUCACCACAACUGAGGACUAUUCCAGCCAAGUGGUCCACUGGUGAUUCCUCCUGGAAACAUUCACUAGGAUACAGUGAAAUAUAAUAGCUCACCAGAGGAAGAGAAGGUCUUUCUUUUAGUUUAGCACUAUAAUAAUAAGUUUAAUAAGUUAAAAUAAUAAGAAACUCCAAUAAGUUUCUUUUAUCAUGGGGCCUGUUCCACUGCAAAAAAACAUUGCCCCAAGCAGUAUUUUUUACUUAUUUUUUGGGAAAAUAAAUACAUAAAUAAAAUUACCUGAAAAGCAAAAAAAAAAAAAAAAAAAAAAUAUAGGCUAUAUGUAAUGGUACGCUUAAAAAACAAACGAACAAACAAACAAAAAAACUUACAUUUGAAUAUAAAAUACUGUUAAAAAGUUUGGGGUCAGUACUUUUUUAUGGUUUUGAAAGAAAGCUUGUAAGCUUGCCUAUGGUAAAUAUUCUCUGAGGAGUGUUAAUAUUUUUAUUUUGAACAAAACAUAUUAAACUUUAUAUUUUAUCAUUUUGCCUGGUACAAGUACAAAGCCAGUCACAUGCAGCAACUUUUAGCAUUUAUACAUACAAGUUCUUAUUUAGCUCUCAGAUUUUUCUUUUUCUGAAUUGUUUCAAUGGUUUAAAUGGUUUUACUGUAAAACAUGAAAAAAAACACUGAUUAAGGACAUUUAUUAUUAUUAUUAUUUAUAUUUUUGUUUUGUUUUUUUGCAGUGUUGUUUAUUCAAGAUUUCUUCUGAUUCCUUUGCAAUGAAAUUGAGACUAUGAUGUAGAUAUAGACUGCAAAUCAAUUGCUGAAAAAGGAGGAUCUGUGUUCAAUUGCCAUGCAACCUCCAACAUCUUUGUGAAGGAACAACAAACCCUACACCACAGAGAUAUAUAAAGGUACAGCACUUUCAAUGUUAAAGGGUUAUUUCAACCGAGAAUGAAAAUUCAUCCAUUGUCUACUCACCCUCGAAGCAUCCUAGGUGUAUGCAACUUUCCUCUUUCAGAAUAAUUCAAUCAAAGUUAUAUUAAAUAUUGUCCUUACUCUUCCAAGCCUUUCAAUGGGGGUAAGUGGGUGUUCGUUGUCAACAGUUCAGAAGACGUGAAAUAAAGUGCAUGCAUCUGUAAUAAAAUGUCCCUCAAACGGCUCCAAGGAUGCUUCGAGGGUGAGAAGAAGAUGGACAAAUUUUCAUUCUCAGGUGAACUAACCCUUUAAAGGGUGUACACUCAAGGGGCCCUAUCUUGCACCCAGCGCAAUUGACUUUGUACACCGACGCAUGUGUCAUUCCUAUUUUGCACCUGCGCAAAGCGCGCUUUUCCCUCCACAGAAGCACGUCGCUAAACUAGUGAAUGAACUUGCGCUCCCUGGGCGGUUCAGCGCAAAAAAGGAGGCGUGUUCCGGCGCAAACAAUCCCUGGUGCUAUUUUGCUGUACCAUUAAACAAUUGCGCCACUGACCAGAAAAAAAACUAGUCUAAAGUCAGUGGCGCGUUGCGCGUUGUUCAUUAUGCUAUUUUAAGGGCGCACGCUUGACCAUAGUGUAUAGCGUGCACAACGCGCAUACACUUUGCUCAUGUAAUCUACACAGAUGCAACAGUUAUUUUUGGAAAUCAUAAAUUGUUACACUUAAAAAAAAAUAUUAACACAUGAGAUGACGGAAAUCAUUGUGGUGUGCCACGAAGAUGUGAAAAAAUAGGCAUAAAUCUAGCUUACAAAUUAUUCAGGCUAAUUGUAGUAAUUAAGGAUCAGACCUGUUUGAGGUCAUAUAUGUAUUUAUGGACAUCUGACAAAUUGGUUUGUCCGUCAAGAACCAGGAAAAAAAAAAUCGAUGAAACAAUUGUGGCUAUUUCCUCCCACGCCUGUUUAACCGACGCUAUUUUGGGUGGGUUUCUCCCAUCCCCAUACAACACAACUUCUCUGUCUUUCACUGCUCUUACAAGAACAUCAGUCUCCUCGGCUGUGAACCGCUCCUGGCGUGCGCCAGGUAAAUACGCCAUAAUAAUAGCAAUCCAUAAUGGAACUUGCGCACCUGCUUUUAAAGGGAAUGUUGGAUGACGCUCUGAUUGGUUUAUUUCACGUUACGCCCAAACCACACCUAUGAAUAAUGAAGCUACUUCAGACCAACCCAUUUUAGAUUUGCGCCGGGCGCAAGAGCCAUUUAUCCCGCCGGGAAAAUAGCAACAGCGCCGAGACCCGCCCACAAACUUACUUGCGCUUCGCGCUUUGACACUUGCGUUUCAGAUCGUUAAAAUAGGGCCCAAGGGGCCCUAUCUUGCACCCAGCGCAAUUGACUUUGUACACCGACGCAUGUGUCAUUCCUAUUUUGCACUCGCGCAAAGCGCGCUUUUCCCUCCACAGAAGCACGUCGCUAAACUAGUGAAUGAACUUGCGCUCCCUGGGCGGUUCAGCGCAAAAAAGGAGGCGUGUUCCGGCGCAAACAAUCCCUGGUGCUAUUUUGCUGUACCAUUAAACAAUUGCGCCACUGACCAGAAAAAAACUAGUCUAAAGUCAGUGGCGCGUUGCGCGUUGUUCAUUAUGCUAUUUUAAGGGCGCAUGCUUGACCAUAAUGUAUAGCGUGCACAACGCGCAUACACUUUGCUCAUGUAA